GAGCUUGUUCUUAGGCGGGAUUAAAAACGCAGAACGUCAUUAUGACCGAAACAUCGCGGAAGUAAAAAUAAACCAACAUGGACCGCAGCGAGAAAGGAAACCUGGCUGAUGUGAAGCACGUGGUUCUGGUUCUGUCUGGUAAAGGUGGAGUGGGUAAAAGCACCAUCACCACUGAACUCGCCCUAGCGCUCAUUCAUGCAGGCAAGAAGGUGGGUAUCCUGGACGUGGAUCUGUGCGGACCCAGUAUUCCGCGGAUGCUGCGCGUGGGGAAGCCGGAGGUGCAUCAGUGUGACGCGGGGUGGGUGCCCGUGUACGCAGACGCCCAGCAACAGCUCGCGCUCAUGUCCAUCGGCUUCCUGCUGGAGGAUUCGGAUGAGGCCGUCGUGUGGAGGGGGCCCAAAAAAACAGCUCUGAUUGGGCAGUUUGUCAGUGAUGUGGCAUGGGGCGAACUAGACGUUCUGCUAGUGGACACGCCACCGGGGACAUCAGACGAACACCUGGCCGUGCUCGAGAACCUGCGCAAACACAGAGUGGACGGAGCCGUGCUGGUCACUACACCGCAGGCAGUGUCUACAGGAGAUGUGAGGCGCGAGAUCACCUUCUGUAAGAAGACCGCCGUGAAAAUCCUGGGCAUUGUGGAGAACAUGAGUGGAUUUGUGUGUCCACACUGUUCUGAGUGCAGUAACAUUUUCUCUAAAGGUGGAGGUGAGGAAUUAGCCAAGCUCACAGGAUCUGUGUUUCUAGGCUCAGUACCGCUGGAUCCGCUCCUGGCAGCGAGUUUAGAGGAAGGGCGGGACUUCCUGCAGGCGUUUCCAGAGAGCAGCACGUACACGGCCAUCAGUGAUAUAGCCAACACUCUCCUCAGCAGCCUGGACGCCUGAAACACCACAACACUGUCAGUUCAUGUCAGAGACUGAGAUGACGCUUCAUGUGAUGUCAAUUGUUAUGAGAGAAUUUCUGUAAAUGUUUUUUUUUUUUUCCCUGGAGAUAUUAUAUGUUAUUGACAAUGCAAUGAGUUUCAUACUGGUGCAACUUUCAAUAAAAAAUUCUAAAUAUUAAACAAA